AUGUCAACUAAGGAUACAUUGAAUUUUAUUUCACAACAAAUCCAUAUUUAUUAUGGUUUGUCUAUCGUAAUCCUUGGAGUUAUUGGUGGAAUAUUCAAUAUUAUUAUUUUUACAACACUGAAAAUAUUUCGAGAAACAACAUGUGCAUUUUAUUUGAUCAUUGUUUCAAUAGUCAAUAUUGGUCAAUUAUUAAUUGCAUUAUUUGUACGUGUCCUUAGUGAAGGUUUUAAAACGGAUAUUAGAAGCAUAUCAUGGGUUUGCAAAGUUCAAAUAGCUAUGGCAGGAUGGUGUAACGCGAUUUUAUUUACAGGAUUGUGUUUGGCAACCAUUGAUCAAUACCUAUCUAUGAGUAAAUAUCGACAUUUUAGUAACCUACGGUCGGCUCAACGUAAUAUUCUACUUACUUGCAUUUUUUGGAGUAUAUAUUGCAUUUUGUUUCUCAUUUACUGGGAUACAACCUUUGGUACAUGUACAGUUAUUAAUUCGCGUUUUGCAAUAUAUGUAACUCGUUUUCAAUAUCCAAUUCUGUUUGGAUUUUUCCCUUUAACUACAAUGAUUACAUUUUCUUUACUGGCUUUUUAUAGUGCUCGUACAUUAGUCAGUCGACAAGUGAAUAUUGUGCGUUUAAGUCGAGAUAGACAAUUAACAGCAAUGGCACUUAUUCAUGUUCUAUUUGUUGUAAUAACAACAUUACCUCAUGUGAUUUACUUUACAUAUUCAUUGAAUCAAGUUAGUAAAGAUCCUGAACAAAUAGCACGUAAUAAUCUUAUCUUCUCAAUUACAGUUUUAAUCGAUUAUUCAAGUUAUGCUACAUGUCGAAAAGUAAAAGGAGUAUCGAAAUGUGAAGGUUGUUCGAAAACCUUUUGUUAUAAUCAUUUCGUUGAUCAUCGUCAACAGUUAAAUAAACAAUUAGAUGAAGUUGAAGUAACUCGUGAUCUCUUUCGACAAACACUAAGUGAACAAGCAUCAGAAUCACAAAAUGACAUUUUAUUACAACAAAUUAAUGAUUGGGAACGUAAUUCAAUUGAUAAAAUUCGACAAACAGCAGAUGAAGCAAGAAAACUAUUACUAAAAUAUACAGCUAAACAUAUUACUGGUAUAGAAAUUGAGUUGAAUAAAUUAACUGAUCAAUUGAGACAAAAUCGUCAAGAUAAUGAUUUUGUUGAAACAGACUUAUAUCGAUGGAAAAAUCAACUUAUUCAGCUAACUGAUGAACUUAACAAACUAUCAAAGAUGACAAUUCGACAAAGUUCAAGAUCACUUAUAAACAAAAUUUAUGUUGACAUAUCAACUAGUAAGUGUUGUUGAUAUCUAUAAUUCUAUUAAAGAUAGUGAAAUUAUCUUGGAACGAUUCGCAUUUUGAAAUUUAUCUUAAUAACAAUUGUAUCUUAUUGAUAAAACUUUGGAAGUCUUUAAUCCUCACAUAAAACUAUAUUGAAUGCAAUACAGGAUUUGAAUAGACUUCUUUUUUCUUAAAAUGAAUUUGAUGUAUAAAACAACAGAAUUGAAAAAAAAUACUACUUAUAACGAAAUGAUUCUUAUGAGUUGAAUCAUUGAAACCAAUAUAGUCAUAGUAUGUCACUUAAAAUCUAUCUAAAAAAGUCUUAUUGAAUGAUUAUAUUUGACUAAAAUAUCAACUAAGUAAAUUCUUACACUGCAUCUAUUUCUGUUUAAAGCUACUCAAACAAUUUUUCAUAGUGUGUAGUAAUCGAGAAAAUGAAGUCCUUUUAUUUUACUCUGAUUAAUCAAGUUAUUAUCUUUUGAUAUUUCAAUUCGUUUUCAACUUAUCAGAAUUUCGAAAAGAAUCAAACAAUUACAGAAACAAUAAUAAUGUGGAAGUUGAAAUAAUUUUCUUUCCAUGAAAAUUUACCAAGCUAUACUGUACUUUUUAUAAGCUAAAAGUGGAUGUAACUUUUUCGAAGAAUUUAUUUGAAAAGAAUUGAGAAAAACAUAAAU